AUCACUAGUGCUCCUCCACGAUGCGCUUCACGGAAGUGCGCGUUAUAUGUUGAGUGACGUGAAGAAAGUUUCCUCGCUUGAUAGUAUGAUCGCCGACGUUCACCUCCUUCGUGCGUUUAUUCGAUCAGCAGAAUCCAUGUGCAGAAUCGUUCUACAGUGAUCAACCGGUACUGCGUUGUUCGCAUUCUACGAAGAUCAUUCUUGCGACGCCGACAUUGGUCUUUUGUGCAGCACGAAUAAUGCAGUGCCUGUUUGGCUUGCAUAACGUUGAUCAGAGAAUUGUGAUUAGCGGGAGCUAAAUGCGCCAGCGCGGCUGUGGUCCUGCCCUGUCCAUCAUUUGCAGUCUUCCCCUAUGGUUAUGCACCAUUUUCAGUCUACAAAUCUUAGUUGUGUUCCACCGCCCGCAGACGCGGACCGCUCUCCAAGAUCCACCGAACCCGGGAGCGGAUAAUGAUGAUAACCUAACGGAAUGGGAUAACGUGACCUAUAUUCUUAACGCUACUGGCGAUGUGUGUAAUCGAUCCCGGCCGCUGCCCAAGGGAACCACCGUUGUUCCGCAGACGGCGCUGCUCAGUCUGCCCGGCAGCGGCAACACGUGGCUGCGCUGGCUGAUCGAGCGCUUGACCGGCGUCUGCACCGGCAGUGUCUACCACGACGCCGCUCUAAAAAAAGCCGGGUUUGUCUGCGAAGGCCGGCAACACGGCGUGAUGACCGUCAAGACGCAUUUUGUGCAGCAUCUCCAAGCGGCGAAGACCAUCCUCCUCAUCCGCAACCCUUACGACGCGCUGGUCGCCGAGUUUAAGCGGGUGGCGUCCGGAGGCAAUCACACCGGCGUCACCACAACGGAUCUCUACCACUCACGACGUUUCCACGUGAUGGUGCACGAGCUGGGCGCCACCUGGCUGCCCUCCAUCCGCUCCGUUGUCAGCUCGCCCGGCAGUGUUCUGGUGGCGUUCUUUGAGCGCCUGAAAGAUGAUCCACAACGGGAACUGCGUCGGCUGGCCCGCUUCCUGUUGGUGCGGGUGGAUACGGCACGCGUGCGCUGCGUCAUGCGCUCUCUCAACGGACCGGCCAAACGUAGUCGUACCCCACAGGACGUCAAUAAAGGUCAGCUGUUUUAUCCCGCGGAAAAACGCCAACUGGACGGUGAUAUCGCUUAUGCAUCCAGGUUACUCAAAGCAUUCGGAAUCCCCAAUAAAGACAUGCCGGAUUAUUUGCAGCAAGCACAGCGUUAGCAAGCUGGUUAUUUAUCGAGCAUUUAGUUUCAUCGAUAUCUACGGCGCAGCGAAUUAACGAUAAACAUUCCAGCAAUCGUUAGGAUAAUUAAGCGUUUAAUAGCGGCUGACAUCGAAUCCCGACCGGAAGUACGCCGUCGGUCUCGUUAGCGUUAAGCGGCUUUCGUUCAAAUCCACGGUCUUUUCCGGGGACGGCGCAUUCUUCCGGAAGCGGACCCUUCUGCAGACCAGCCACUGCCAUAACUGGAUCAGGAUAUUCCGCGCUUCGCGACGAUAUUGGCCACUCAUCGCGUAAAAGAAAGCCUACGCAGAAACCGGCAUCAAUAAACCGAGAACCGUUUGAUUAAAGCUUUUAAUGAUGCUUCAAAACGCAGCAUGAAGCACUGUGAACUGUAAAGGUUGCAGGGCACAGAUUUAUGUGCAUUUAUGCAAACUGAACCUGUCGCGUUUAUUCAUACAUGGGUUUAUAAUUUAUUAAUUAUUUAUACAGUACGUACCCGGCAAAAAAUUCUUUAUAUAAAUAAAAUUAACAGAGUUAUUUUGUCGUAUUAAUGUACUUUUCUACUGUCGCCUUUUCUUAGCGUAAUUAUGUACUACUCUAGGUAAUUUUUUAAUCCUUACCGGUUCGGCAGCAAAAGCCAGAUAAAAAACGG